AUGGCCGAACAAGGUCCCCCACCACAGCAAGGUCCCCCUCAAGGCGGGCCACCACCAGGCUCUUUUUCUAUUCCCAUUCCCCUAGGACCCAAUGGUGAAAGGCCCACGCCCGAGCAGAUACAACAGAUUCAAAUGCAACUUCAAGCAGAGGCACAGAAACACGGAAUAUCAGUUCAAGAAUACGUCCAAAGACUGAGACAACAAGCAAUGGCUCAGCAGCAGGCCCAGCAGCAGGCGCAAAUGCAGGCGCAACAGCGGGCUCAGCAGCAGCCUAUCCAGCCUGGACCGCCAAAACCAGAAGCGAUCGCGGUCGCCAACUGGCUCAAGUCGCAGGACCUGAAACCUCGGACGGUUGUACACGAUGAGAAGAGGAAGGACAUGUUCAGAGUCAAGCGAGCAAUCCGCGCACUCCAGUCGCCUGCAUACCAGAAAGCCCGUGCUAAGAACCCUCUCCUCCCCGAAGUCAACGACCGUGCCUCCGCCGAGAAUUGCUUCAAGCUCCUACCCCUCUCUCUCCUUGCGCUUCGAGUCACAAAGGUCGACGAGAACGCGCACGAAGGUCACAACCAUGCGAAGCCUAAGCGUGUCAAGGGCUUGUGGACAGUAAAGAUCGAGCAGCACCAGGACGCAAACGAUGACAACUACUACAUCUGGCUAUACGAAGGAUCGCAAUGGAAGCAGAAGCUGUACGCUGCUGGUGCCCUGCUUCUUGUCAUCGCAAUAGUCUUGUUCCCCCUUUGGCCGCUUUUCUUGCGACAGGGUGUCUGGUACCUGAGUAUGGGCAUGCUUGGCCUUAUUGGGUUGUUCUUCGCCAUGGCAAUCGUUCGACUCAUCAUCUUUGUCAUCACUAUCUUCGCGGUGCCUCCUGGUUUAUGGCUUUACCCUAACUUGUUCGAGGAUGUUGGUUUCUUUGACUCAUUCCGACCAGUAUGGGCGUGGCAAGAGACCCCUGAAGAUGUCAAGGCAAAGAAGGCUGCCAAGAAGGAGAAGAAGGCUGCCAAACUAGCAGCAAAGGCCGCAGGUGGAAAGCCUAAGAAGGGCGCCAUCGAUACUGCACCUGCUCAAGCCGCUCAAGCUGCUUCAGCGCCCGCUCCAGCGCCCGCUGCAGCCCCUGCUUCUGCGCCUGUCGACUCGGCACCACAGCCCACAGGUUCAGAAGCCGCGCUAGAGGGUGCUGUCACGCAGCGAGCACCGCGUGCGACAGUCGAGGAGGUGGAGGACGAGUAG